AUGAUACGCAUACCAGGCGUGCAGCUGCCUUUGUGGCUUCGCUCGAGCUUUGCGAGCUCUAGAUCGCCAUCUGCUAGACCAUGGCAGCCACAAGCCUUUGUGACCAGGCAUUUCCAUCGCCCCGCAUACCUCCGUGAGCAGGGCAGUCCGGCCAAGCUUCCUAGCUUUCUCGAGGCAUACAAAAAGGCCGUGGAAUUCCCUCCUGCCACUCAUGACUUCGAAAGCUUCCUCACACAGGCCGAACCCAAUGCCGACGUCGUCCUGCAUGGCUACCUUGGUCAGCGUGCAGACCUUUCCAAGAAGCUGUCCUUCGUGCGCCUUAUAGAUCCAACCAUGAAGUACAGUUUACAGGUCGUUAGCUUCGCCAAGAAUGAAGCCUUCGAGAAACUCAAGACCAUCAACGCCAACAGCCCCGUCGCCGUACGAGGCACCGUGCAGCAAAAGAAGAAGAAGGCCUCAGAGGCCGCGGGCAAACCUGAGGAUUCCUGGGAGCUGGCAUUGGAAGAUAUUCACCUUCUGAAUGAUUUCCCCAAGGACAUCAUUAUGACACCUGAGACGGUGUUUGCACCAGAGCAGCGGUAUCUGCAGCUUCGGUCCGAUGCUGAGUUGCGCGAGGCGCUGAGGUUCCGGGCGGAGGUGCGGAAUGCCUGCAAAAAGGAAUUGGAGGAGAGCAAUCAGCCAGGUUUCGUGGAAAUCGAGACCCCGUUGCUGUUUAAAUCGACGCCGGAAGGUGCACGCGAAUUCUUGGUUCCAACUCGUCGACCGGGACUGGCGUAUGCCUUGCCUCAAAGCCCGCAGCAGUACAAGCAGAUUUUGAUGGCUAGUGGGCUGCCACGGUACUACCAAUUCGCACGUUGCUUCCGGGAUGAAGAUCUUCGGGCAGAUCGCCAGCCGGAGUUCACGCAGCUGGAUCUGGAGAUGUCCUUCGCUACUGGUGAUGAUGUGAUGCGCACCGUUGAGGGAGUCAUCCGCAGGCUGUGGUCCACGUUGAUGAAGGACCCGGCGCCUGAGGGCCCCUUCCGCCGUGUCUCGUAUCAAGACGUCAUGUCCAAGUACGGCUCCGAUAAGCCAGACACUAGAUUCGGUAUGGAGAUCAUGCGGCUUGAUCAUGUACUGCCAGUCGACCUGGUCAUGAAGAUCUCGCCGCUCACGGAUCCCAUCGUCGAGGCUUUCAAGCUUGAAAGUGCCGACAAUGAUCCGGCGGAGACGCUCAAGUUCAUCACAGAAUUCCUCGACUCGCCUGCCGGUGCCUCAUUCAAUAAUAAUGCCGAUGGCGGCCCGGGUGUGUUCGUGUUCAAUGGCAAACGGCCUCUUAGUGGUCUGCAACCCUUUGGCUUUGAGGCUGCUGAGCUCGCCCUCGUGCACCCUUCUCGGGUGGCUCGACGCCAAUUGGCGAUCUUCGCCGGGCUCUACACUCCCAUGCCGUCUCAACUGGCUUCAAGGAUUCCCCCUACUGGCUUUGACUUCAUGUGGGUCGUCGACUUCCCACUAUUCUCGCCAUCUUCCGAGUCAGAGCCCGGCCAGGGAGGUGCUGCAGGCUUCUCCUCCACCCAUCACCCUUUCACAGCACCUAAGACCGCCGCCGACGUGGAACUCCUCCUCACCGAUCCUAUGAAAGUCGUGGCCGACCAUUAUGAUCUCGUCGUAAAUGGAGUCGAGCUCGGCGGCGGUAGCCGUCGUAUUCAUGACGCGGCUGUGCAGGAAUUCAUCUUCCGUGACAUUCUGAGAAUGCCAGCCGAGCGCCUGCAUGACUUCUCACAUCUUCUUGACGCCCUCCGCGCGGGCUGUCCGCCGCACGCGGGUCUUGCAUUGGGCUUUGAUCGUCUUGUUGCUGUCAUGUUGGGCAAGGAGUCGGUGCGAGAUGUAAUUGCGUUCCCAAAGACUGGGAAGGGAGGUGAUGAUGCUAUGGUGCGCGCGCCGAGUCCUAUGACUGAAGCGGCAUUGCAAACGUAUCAUCUGCAGCUGCGGAAGGCAUAG